GUCCCCGACCCGCCGGAGGCCCCGGAGCUCGCAGAGCGUGCAGAAAACCGGGGGAGCCUCGUGGAUCGCCCCCUCCCCCGAUAGGGGAGAGGAGCAAAGGUAAUGAAGAGUAUGGUCUCAUGUGCCUCUCCACAUAGACGUGACCCAGGAGAUCAUGAAGCUUCUUUAGAGAACGAGCGGAAAUGGUGGGUUAAUUGCCAGUUGGCUCCCCGGACCCACCAGAACGUUUCCGGCCUCUCCUUUUAGAAACUCCACCGUUUUAUUCCAUCAUGCUAUCUCUCCUGGCUUAAGCCAUUCCCUAAAAUGGUCCUUCUGUUGUUUCGCAUCUUGCUUUGGAAGGAAGAUGCCUGUGGGAACGUUGGCUUUUUGGUCCGCCAGUCCAAUGAGAGAAGGGUGGUUGCCCACAUGCCCGGUGACAUCAUCAUCGGGGCUUUGUUUUCCGUCCACCACCAACCCACCGUUGACAAGGUCCAUGAGAGGAAAUGUGGAGAGGUGAGGGAACAGUAUGAUCAGAGGGUGGAAGCCAUGCUCCACACACUCGAGAGGAUUAAUUCGGACCCAACGCUGUUGCCCAACAUCACGCUAGGCUGCGAGAUAAGGGACUCGUGCUGGCACUCGGCGGUAGCCCUGGAGCAGAGCAUUGAGUUUAUAAGGGACUCCUUGAUCUCCUCAGAGGAGGAAGAGGGCCUGGUGCGCUGUAUGGACGGGUCUUCGACACCGUUCCGCUCCAAGAAGCCCAUCGUCGGCGUGAUCGGCCCCGGCUCCAGCUCUGUGGCCAUUCAGGUGCAGAAUUUGCUUCAGCUCUUCAAUAUACCUCAGAUCGCCUAUUCGGCCACGAGCAUGGACCUGAGCGACAAGACUCUGUUCAAGUUGAGGGUGGUGCCGUCCGACGCUCAGCAAGCCCGGGCCAUGGUGGACAUCGUGAAGAGAUACAACUGGACCUACGUCUCCGCCGUCCACACCGAAGGCAACUAUGGAGAAAGCGGCAUGGAAGCUUUUAAAGACAUGUCGGCCAAGGAAGGUAUCUGCAUCGCUCAUUCCUACAAGAUCUACAGCAAUGCUGGAGAACAGAGUUUCGAUAAACUCCUGACCAAACUGAGGAGCCAUCUGCCCAAAGCGAGAGUAGUCGCCUGCUUCUGCGAAGGGAUGACCGUGAGGGGUUUGCUGAUGGCUAUGAGGCGCCUGGGCCUAGCGGGAGAAUUUUUACUUCUGGGCAGCGACGGCUGGGCCGAUCGGUACGAUGUGACAGAUGGCUACCAGCGGGAAGCAGUCGGCGGGAUAACCAUCAAGCUCCAGUCCCCCGACGUCAAGUGGUUUGACGACUAUUACCUGAAGCUUCGGCCAGAGACCAAUCUUCGGAACCCUUGGUUCCAGGAAUUCUGGCAGCAUCGCUUCCAGUGUCGGCUGAAAGGCUACUCGCAGGAGAACAGUAAAUACAACAAGACGUGCAAUAGCACCCUGACACUGAAAACACAGCACGUGCAGGAUUCCAAGAUGGGGUUUGUGAUCAACGCAAUCUAUUCCAUGGCCUACGGUCUUCACAACAUGCAGAUGUCACUCUGUCCGGGCUACGCGGGGCUCUGCGAUGCCAUGAAGCCCAUCGACGGAAGGAAACUCCUGGACUCACUCAUGAAGACCAACUUCACGGGGGUUUCUGGAGAUACGAUCCUCUUUGACGAGAAUGGAGACUCUCCAGGAAGGUAUGAGAUCAUGAAUUUCAAGAAAAUGGGGAAAGAUUACUUUGACUAUAUCAAUGUUGGAAGCUGGGACAAUGGGGAAUUGAAAAUGGAUGAUGAGGAAGUUUGGUCCAAGAAAAAUACCAUCAUCCGAUCCGUGUGCAGUGAACCUUGUGAGAAAGGACAGAUAAAGGUGAUCCGAAAAGGAGAAGUGAGCUGCUGCUGGACCUGUACUCCGUGUAAAGAGAAUGAGUUCGUCUUCGAUGAGUACACGUGUAAGGCCUGCCAGCUGGGCUCCUGGCCCACUGACGAUCUGACAGGUUGUGACCUGAUCCCCGUGCAGUACCUCAGGUGGGGCGACCCCGAGCCCAUCGCGGCGGUCGUCUUCUCCUGCCUGGGCCUGCUGGCGACGCUGUUCGUGACGGCCAUCUUCAUCAUGUACCGUGACACCCCCGUGGUCAAGUCUUCCAGCCGGGAGCUGUGCUACAUCAUCCUGGCGGGCAUCUGCCUGGGCUACCUGUGUACUUUCUGCCUCAUCGCCAAGCCCAAGCAGAUCUACUGCUACCUGCAGCGGAUAGGCAUAGGCCUCUCCCCCGCCAUGAGCUACUCGGCCCUGGUCACCAAGACCAACCGCAUCGCCCGCAUCCUGGCGGGCAGCAAGAAGAAGAUCUGCACCAAGAAGCCCAGGUUCAUGAGCGCCUGCGCCCAGCUGGUCAUCGCCUUCGUCCUGAUCUGCAUCCAGCUGGGCAUCAUCGUCGCCCUCUUCAUCAUGGAGCCGCCCGACAUCAUGCACGACUACCCGAGCAUCCGGGAGGUCUACCUGAUCUGCAACACCACCAACCUGGGGGUCGUCACUCCCCUCGGCUACAACGGGUUGUUGAUCCUGAGCUGCACCUUCUACGCCUUCAAGACCCGGAACGUCCCGGCCAACUUCAACGAAGCCAAGUACAUCGCCUUCACGAUGUACACCACCUGCAUCAUCUGGCUGGCCUUCGUGCCCAUCUACUUCGGGAGCAACUACAAGAUCAUCACCAUGUGCUUCUCGGUCAGCCUGAGCGCCACGGUGGCCCUGGGCUGCAUGUUCGUGCCCAAGGUGUACAUCAUCCUGGCCAAGCCGGAGCGCAACGUGCGCAGCGCCUUCACCACCUCCACCGUGGUCCGCAUGCACGUCGGGGACGGGAAGUCGUCUUCCGCCGCCAGCCGGUCCAGCAGCCUCGUCAACCUGUGGAAGAGGAGGGGCUCGUCGGGGGAGACCCUGAGGUACAAAGGCAGGCGGCUGGCCCAGCACAAGUCGGAAAUAGAGUGUUUCACCCCCAAAGGGAGUAUGGGGAAUGGUGGGAGAGCUACGAUGAGCAGCUCCAACGGGAAAUCCGUCACGUGGGCCCAGAACGAGAAGAGUAGCCGGGGACAGCACCUCUGGCAGAGGCUGUCCAUCCACAUCAACAAGAAGGAGAACCCCAACCAGACGGCCGUCAUCAAGCCGUUCUCCAAGAGCUCCGACAGCAGGCUCGGGGCCGGCCCCUUCCCCGAGGCCGGCUCCAAGACGCUCUACGACGUGUCCGAGGCGGAGGAGCAGCGGCCCGCCCACCCCCGGCCGCAGACGCCUUCGCCCAUCAGCACGGUCAGCCGCCGGGCGGGCUCGGGCAGCCGCACGGACGACGACGUCCCGUCCUUCCAGUCAGAGCCCGCCCAGCGGAGCAGCUCCUCGCAGGGCUCGCUGAUGGAGCAGAUCAGCAGCGUGGUGACGCGCUUCACGGCCAACAUCAGCGAGCUGAACUCCAUGAUGCUGUCCACCACCACCCCGGGCGCCAUGGUGGCCGCCCCCCUCUGCUCUUCCUACCUGAUCCCCAAGGAGAUUCAGCUGCCGACCACCAUGACGACUUACGCCGAGAUCCAGCCCCUCCCGUCCAUCGAGGUGAACGGCGGGGCCCAGCCCGGGAAGCCCGUCGGUGGGCCCGCCAAGGAGAACCCUCCGGAAGCCGCGGCCGCGAAGCCGGAGCUGGAGGAGCUGGUGGCCCUGACCCCGCCCUCUCCCUUCAGGGACUCGGUGGAUUCCGGCAGCGCUUCGCCCAACUCCCCCGUGUCCGAAUCGGCCCUCUGCAUCCCGUCCUCGCCUAAAUAUGACACUCUAAUCAUAAGAGAUUACGCUCAAAGCUCGUCUUCGUUGUGAAUGUAACGGGGAGGCAAGGUUGGAGAUCGGUGGCGAGCAGGCCAAUCCCAGAAAGCCAAGCCUCUGAGAUCUCUUGUGUUUACACAGCGUUCGGGGGGGUCCGGCAAUGGCGGUCUUGAUACGAACUGGAGAAGAGGGGCUAUGGAACCGGAGUCACGGAAACACCAGAUUUAGAGUGCUAUUUACAAAGCAAACAAACGAACAACAAAAAAAAUCUACUGGCAGAUUUUCUUCUAGUGGCCUUAGAAAACACGGGCUUUUAAGAAACACUGCGUCUACUCGUGAGGGCUUUUAAGGAGUCUGUUAAAUCAGUUACCUACCAAGUGCUUUGUUUUAGGAUUAACUGAGAACUAGUUGUACAGGAAGUGGAAAAAAGAGGGAGAGAGAGAAAGAGAGAGAGAGAGAGAGAGAGGGUGAGAGAGAAGGUCGUAACUGUAAAAACGUUUUGUUUCGAUUCCUUUGAUUCUUACCCCAGAAAUGAAUCUUGAUCUUUUGUCAAGAGUAGAAGACUAAUCGCGAAUGUACAUUUUCUAACGGACUUUAUAUCUGGGACCAACGUCAGGCAUUUUUUUCUAUGAAGAACUUGAAAAGCAGUAACUUCUGUCCAAUCACUCCAGAACUUUCCCAGCAGCGGGCUCCAUGCUCACCCCACCACAUGGUCUGCAGAGAAGUGACUGCACCCUUUAGGGCUUUUACCGGAGACGUGUCUCAGAUGACUGAUGUGUUGAGAUCUUCUAGGAGCAUCGAUCUGAAGUUCAAACCCGUUGCCAUUGAUCUACCCGCAUUCAGCAUCCAAACCCAUGGAAGAUCUCCUGACUAUUUCACCAUGUUGCCAAUCAAUACUGGAGUAGCAAAAAAUAUUUUCUGGAGCACUGUUUUGUAAUUCCCAUAUCAGGGCAACUCGUUUAGGAGAAGAUUAUAUUUCUAGCAGUAUCGUCGAGCUGAAUACAGCCGCGUCCGUGAUGACACGAAGUCAUUUUUACGGGCAUCGUUCGCUAAGGUUCACUUUCGGGCACCUCCCCCAUUCUUUGCGUGACAGAACCGGAUACACGUCCAAGAUUUUUCUCAGUCCUUUUAACUCCUGACAACUGAGAAGGUGAUCCGUACUCUAAUGAAGACAUGGCCAUGAUCGUAGGGACCGUUGUUGAAGUUAGCUGUCGUGAUCAUAAAUCCCUGAAGAUUACAAACUGUCCAAGAUGGCUCAGAGGAGACCCCCCGACCCCUCCGAAAGGGAACGAUUUUAACUUGAGCUGCCUGGGCGACGCAGCUCUGACCUGGGAUAGAAGUUGGUUCGCAAAGCAAUACAGAGUCAAGGUUCAAACAGAAGAAACCUUAGAGAAUUCCAACCACCGCUGACUUGUUUCUUAGCAGCUCCUGGAAAAGACAAGGAAGCUGGUCACGUUUUCCUUCUUGAAACCUAUUUUCCCUUUUUGAAAUGUUGUAAGUAGGGCACUUCAUGCUGUUACUGCACUUUUUAAACGACGUGUGGAUAGAAACAACGGGAUUUUGAUAGGCGUCGCUAUGUAGAAACUAGAGCUCAGCACUUAAAACACGAUCUUUCUUCCAUCC